AUGAGCCUUAAAACCAUAACCACCUCCUCGGCAGACACUGUUUGUGUUACUGGAGCGGGCGGAUUCAUCGGUUCCUGGCUCGUUAUGAGGCUUCUCGAACGAGGCUACACCGUACACGCUACUGUCCGUGACCCAGAGAAUAUGAAGAAAGUAAAACAUUUGUUGGAGUUGCCAAAGGCUGAAACACAGUUGACACUUUGGAAGGCUGACCUGACUGAAGACGGCAGCUUUGAUGAAGCCAUUAACGGUUGCACUGGCGUUUUUCAUGUCGCUACUCCCAUGGAUUUUGACUCCAAAGAUCCCGAGAAUGAAGUUAUUAAGCCGACUAUCGACGGGGUUCUAAGUAUCAUAAGAUCAUGCGUUAAAGCAAAGACGGUGAAGCGAGUUGUAUUCACAUCAUCGGCGGGAACUGUCGCUUUCCAAGAGAAACCGCAGGCAGUCUACGACGAAAGCAACUGGAGCGAUGUAGAAUUCAUUAAUAAGAUAAAGAUGACCGGUUGGAUGUACUUCGUGUCCAAAACAUUGGCUGAAAAGGCAGCCUGGGAGUCGGCUAAACAAAACAACAUUGAUUUCAUCAGCAUUAUUCCGACACUUGUUGUCGGUCCUUUUAUCAUGCCCUCAUUCCCACCUAGCCUCAUCACUGCUCUAUCUCCCAUCACAGGAAAUGAGGCUCAUUACUCGAUUAUUAAACAAGGACAGUUCGUUCAUCUUGAUGAUCUAUGUGAAUCUCAUAUAUUCUUGUAUGAACACCCUAAAGCUGAGGGGAGAUUCAUUUGCUCUUCUCAUGAUGCCACUAUCUAUGAUUUGGCCAAAAUGAUUAGAGACAAAUGGCCUGAAUAUAAUGUCCCUGAGGAAUUUGAUGGGAUUGAUGAGAAGAAUUUAACAAUAGUGUCUUUCUCAUCAAAGAAAUUGCUGGAGAUGGAUUUCAAGUUCAACAAAGCUGAAGAAGCGCCAACAGUCGUCUUACUUCGGCAGCAGGCUUAUGUCAACAUCGGAGCUGAGGAAGCGCGAGCAGACGCCUCACUUCAACAGUAG